CAGUGUUUCUAUGCCCAAAUAUUUUUUAAUCAUCAGUGUGCUUAUUUCAAAGAACUAAACAGCUCUUUUUCGAGAUAAAUAAGGUUUAAAGUUGUUAAAUUGCACUUGUAAUUUCAGGCAACAGUUUAAAGUACAAGGACACGACUAGAUCUCGUUGUCUUUCUUACAAUGUCAUUGGUCCGGUCUUUCUCGUAUUCAGCCGCCAUUCUACCCCGAGUAUUUUCACACAUAUACCGAGGGUCUCAAAGCUAUACCCUGUGUUCUCAUAUGGUUUUGUGUCGUAUGGUUACCAGCUCCAGGAAACUUUCUCAAAAGACCGAGGUUAAUAAUUCGGAAAACACAAUAAAAACGCAUAUAGAUGUUUCUCGUUCAAAAUUUGUCGUUACAUAUGACGAACUUAACUCUCAAAUUUCCGAAGGAACUGUCCAGUUGUUUGAUGUGAGAAAUGGAAAUGAUGUGAAGUCCACUGGCAUUAUCCCAGGUUCCGUUAAUAUACCUCUUGUUGAUUUGAAGAAAGCCCUUACCCUCAGUGAUAGCGAAUUCGUUCAGAAAUAUGGUGUAUCUAAGCCAAAAACGAGUGACGGGAAUAUAAUAUUUUAUGGAUUAUCAGAUGUUUCAUCUGCAAGUGCUUGUGAAAUAGCUCACAAUCUCGGCUUUAAAAGGGCGAAGUAUUAUUUGAAGGGAUGGAACGAGUGGUCUGCCAUUCAUCAAAGGUGUAAACAGUAACGAAACUGUUUUCCUAAUAUUUAAUGGUGUAUAUAAUCCACAGAAAACUCGAAAACAUUUCGAGCCACAAAUUUGCUAUCACAAGAUAGGAUUAAUCUCCUAUUACUGUGACAGUUUACUAGAGUGGACGUAUUUUACAUCACUGUAAAACGUAUACAUUUUAUUUCCUUUGUUGUUUGAUAUCACUCUUAUCUUCAUUAUAAAUAGUUUGUUUACAGCA